GGAUUAAGCUUAUUUGUUGGGCUUCCUCUAGAUGUUGUUUCCCAUGGCAACACACUGAACCAUGUAAGAGUAAUCGGGGCAAGGCUGAAAGCUCUGAAGCUCUUGGGGGAAGAAGGGGUCGAAUUUCCCAUCUGAUGGGGGAUAGCCGAGAAGGAAUCCAGAGGAAAGUACAACUAGUCGGGAUAUCUUGAGCUUGCAGAGAUGGCCCGAGAUGUGGGUCUCAAGCUUCACGUGUCUCUCUGCUUCCAUGCCGCCAAACAAGCCAAAAUUGAACUCCCUAAUUGGGUGUCAAAGAUUGGUGAAGCACAACCAAACAUCUUCACCGAUAGGUCGGGACGGCGCUACAAAGAGUGUAUGUUGCUGGCGGUGGACGAUUUGCACGUCCUCUAUGGGAAGACUCUGGUUCAGGUUUACCAGGAAUUUCUGGAGAGCUUCAAAUCUUCAUUCUCAAACCUCAUGGGCUCUACAAUUGUGGAUGUUUCAAUGAGCCUGGGACUGGAUGGAGAGCUCGGGUACCCUUCUUGGCCGUCAGCGGGAGGUGGCAAGAUUACAGGAGUAGGAGAAUUCCAGAGCUACGACAAAAACAUGCUAAAGUAUCUGCAGGAACACACCCAGGCGACCGGAAACCCCUUCUAGGGCCUCUCAGGUCCCCAUGAUGCCCCCAACUACGACUAGUCGCCCUUCACCAACAUCUUCUUCAAGGAGAACGGAGGCUCCUGGGAGACCCCAUAUGGAGUCGCUCUUUUCCUGAUAAAAAAGCAGAGCAUAAUACAACACAGCAAAAGUGAAACCACAAGGAGGCUUCCGGUGGCUAUGAGAAUUACGUCUUUCAUUUUGGAGA